UAACUUCACCAUUACUGAAGGUGCCGGCUCUGUUCAUGUCACCGUCACACCUGACGUGGAAGGAAUACCUGUCCGUUUGUUCCUCGGUAUCAACAGCGCCCCCUCCCGACAGGUAUUUCGCAAGGCAACGUCUGUGCCAUCGGCAGUCGGUUCGUUGUACUCCAUUCCAUUAGGAAACAACUCUUACCUUCGACCGGAUCCUUUCCAAUGGCUGUUGUCCGCUAGUGACUUGGAACUGACCGGAUCCGAGCGACUUUUUCUUGGCGUGGAUCACGAGCCUUUUACAAAUGACAUCGAUACUAACGAUGACACAGUGAUGUGGGGUGACCUGUCAGAAGCUUUGGAACUGGGAUAUGGUGGAGUAAACUUCACCUUGAACUACACUCUCAAGAUCUUCACUUCUACCUGUCUUUUCUUCGACAACGAUCAACAACUGUGGAGCACUGAGGGAUGUCAGGUUGGUUCAUUGACGACCACUUCAUUGACCCACUGCCUGUGUGACCACCUCACCGCGUUCGGCUCCGACUUCCAGUUCUUCGUGGCGCCGAACUCCCUGAACAUUCUGGAGGCCCUGGAAGGGUUUACAAACAUCAUGGAGAACCCGUCGGUUGUCAUCACCAUCGGAGUCCUGUUUGGACUUUAUCUUCUGAUUGUCAUAUGGGCAAGAUGGGAAGACAAAAAAGACGAACUAAAGGUGGGUGCAACGGUGUUGAAAGGGUCAAGUAAAAGCGGCCAUACGUACGAGGUCAUGGUGUACACUGGAACCCGGGCCAACGCUGGAACCAGUGCAGAGGUGUUCCUGGUGCUAAGAGGAGAGUUGGGUCAGUCUGUUCCGUAUGUGUUGGAAGACAAAACCCGCAUCACGUUCAAGCAAGGCGCUGUAGACACAUUUGUGGUGACGUCAGCCUUUCAACUGGGUCCAAUAUAUGCCAUCCAUAUUUGGCACAAUAACAUCGGCCCUGACCCGUCCUGGUACCUUGACCAAGUCAUCAUUACUGACGUCCAAGAUGGUGAUAAGCACACCUUCCUGAGCAAAAGCUGGCUGGCAGUAGAAGAGGGAGACGGGAAAGUGGACCGGGUGCUGUAUAAGGCAAGUUACGACGAUCUGGUCCGCUUCGGUCGUCUUUUCUCCACCAAAACGUCCAAGGACUUCCGUGAUGAACAUCUGUGGUUUUCUGUGAUUGGUCGACCAGCAACAAGUCCCUUUACCCGAGUGCAGCGCGUCUCCUGCUGCCUGUCUCUGCUGAUGUGCACGAUGCUCACCAACAUUAUGUUCUUCGGC